AUGGGGAGCGGAGCCGCAGGGGCGGUGUCGCGGGAAAAUAGUUUCGCGGGCGCGGGAGCGAGGAGUGGCUCCGGCUCUUUCCUGGGCGCUGGGGGCAAGUUGCCAGGUGCUGAGGCCGCGGGGCUUCCCCAGGAGGAAUGUGACCGGGCUCCCGUGCCGGGGCUUGGUGCGGCGCCCGGCGGGCCUGUAAAGGUUAAGCCUUCCGAGUGGGGGGCGGCUUCCGGCGUUCUCAUCCACCGGCGCCGGGAGGCUUGUUUUGAUCCACCUCUUCAACUGGUUUCCACCAGAAACCCAAUCAUGUAUAACAAAAAGGCAGCUGACCCAGUCCAUCCUGACCUUGCUGGUUUGUUGGUGAAAAACAAGAAUCUUUUAGCUGAGCUAAGAAGUCUUCAAAACAAACUUUUCAUAAAAGAAACUUCUUUGCAAGAGAUGAAGACUGAGCUAGAAAGUUACAAAGAAAAUAACGUGCAACAGUCAUUCCAGAUAAUGUCCCUGAAAGAUGAUAUCAAGAACCUAGAGGAACUUAUCGCUUCUCUAACCAGAAUUAAAUCUCUGAAAAGUACUGAUAUUCAGAGUCUUGAACGAGGCAACUGGGAUCUAACUGAAAGAAUUUUAGAACUAGAAAACCGUCUAAGAGUACAUCUGGUUGAAAGAGAAAAGGCAGAGCGAAAAGCAGACCUUUUGGAGAAAAAACUAGCAGGUGCUAAUAGACUCACCCCUUAUAUGAAUAUGAAAGGACAAGAAGAUACCUUGCAUAGUUAUAUGAUGAGGGAUAAAGGUGAAGUUAUCCUGGCCAAGAACAUUGACAGAUACAACAUUUUUCGCUCAGAAGGACCAAACGAUGGGCAGAAAAUUGGGGAUAAAUAUCAACAAGAUUUGAUCCAUAAGGAAAAACAAAAAUAUGAGUUAGAUGGACCUCCGUACUUAUUUGGCUGGGAGACUAAAACUGCACAAUCCCACUAUCAGAAAUUCCUCGGUCAGUUGGCUACUCUUCUGAGCAACAGUGUUGUUCACAUACCAGCCACGGAGGAAGCUGUGAAAGAGAGGAUUCAGGAAAUUGGUGCAAAUGAGCAAUCUUGGAAGUCUAGAACUGAAGGCCUUCAGCAGGAAAUUCAGAUGCUCACCAAGCAACUGGAGCAGCUGAAUCAUCACCAGGAAGAAGAAACCGUUCAAAAAUUAACCCAAACUGAAGAAAAGUGUAGGGAACAAAGAAGACCCUUGAAACGUCUGGAAAGAAAAAUUGCUAUUAAUGACUUUUUUCAAGGGAGAUUAGACUUGGACGGUAAUAAAAAAAACUCCAGGACUAAGGAUUCCCAGAUAGAAGAACACAGCAAGAUGUUCAUACAGCUAGAGAAAGACAAUAAGCAACAAACAUUAUUGAGAAUUAAACAAAAUUUGCAGACUGCUACAACUCAAAGAUUAGAGGAGGAAAUUCAGAAACUUCAGAAACAGCUCAGUGAUUUGAAAUUGUCAAAUAAAAAUAUGAAAACUCAACUGAUAAGAGUAAAUGUCCUUAAAGACAAAACCAUUGAGAAACUCAGGCAAUCUUUAACAAAAGUCAAAGCAAUGAAAGGGAAGGCAGUUAUGGAAACAGAUAACUUGAAAACUACAUUAGACUCUGCCAAGCAAGAGGCAAGAUGGGACAAAGACAGGGACCGUCAGGUGUUAGAUGCUGUCACUCCUGAGCUCUGCAAACCAAAGAGCACACUUGAAGAAGCAUCAGAACGACAACAAGAGCGUGUCAACUUUCGAGAAACUAUAAUGAAGAUGUUGGGAUUUAACAUGAAAACAGCAGACAAGGAAAUUAUCACUCACCUAAGGCUUAUUAUCCGAGCUUAUGAAGCAUCUAACAAAUUGAAAAUUGCUUCUGACUGA